AUGUUUAUGAAAGAAAUCAUGUAUUUAAUUCCAUAUCAAAAUGCAGCAUUUUAUCUUGCUCAUGAAUUCGGUCAUCAACUUGGACUCGUUCAUCAAGUUGAUACUCCGUGUUAUACAAAUUCUUAUAUGUCAGUCAUGACUAGAUCACAUACAGUUUCAUAUGAACAAGCACGUUGGUCACAAUGUGAAAAUAAAUGGAUUAAUAAUAAUAUUUGUCAGUUCGAAUGUCUAUUUAAUAAACCAGAUAAUUAUGAACCAAUUAAAAAUAAAUAUGCAACAUUACCUGGACAACUUAUGAAUAAUGAUCAACAAGCAAAAAUGAUUGAGCCUAAUAAAAAUAGUUUGGGCGAGGUUUCGUCUUUUACAUUUAUGCCGUCCGAUGUAACUAGUCGAUGUUUAUAUUUUCGUUAUUAUAUUGGUGAAUCAAAUGGUGGUAAGUUUGUUUUGUUGAAUAAGUUUGGCUAUGAUUUAGUUUAUAGAAGAAGAGUCAUUUUUUCAGAAAAUAAAUAUGCAUUCAGCCCGAUGUUACCAGGUUCAGAAUGCGGUGAAAAUUCAAUAUGCUAUCUCGACAAAUGUGUUUCAAAUAGUGAUCUUGAUUCAUCAUUGUUGAUUAAAGACUAUGAUAUUGAAACACUUAAUUUACAUGCACAUUGUACUUCAGGUCAUAAACCCGAAGAUUUAACAGCUAGUAAUCAUGAUCCACAUCAUCGAAUUCAGUGUAUUGAUUGGGAAAACGAUUUUUUAUGUCAAAAAUCACAGAAAUGUCCAACAGAUGGUGCUUCGAGUACUGUUGAUCUUUAUCGGAAACAUAUAUGUUGUGCAACAUGUUCAAAAGAUAUUAAUUCAGUCGUUGAUACAUUCAAUCGAGCAAGAUUAAAUCAAACGCGCUCAACAUUCACAUUCAUUAUUAUUAUUACUACUAUCAUUAUAGGAUUUUUUCUCGUAACGUGA